ACAAGAGACGCAUCUUUUUCUGCCCAUACAUUUGGAGAGAAAAAGCCAGAGAGGAAACAUCCUUAGCUAUGAAACAGCAAAUGUUGAAAUUUUACAGCUGGGCAGUGCCACCUCUUCUAAUCUCUGUCUGGUUGGCAGUAUAUGCUGAUGUUGGAAGUUCAGCAAAAGAGAAUACUGCUGUUUCACCCAAUUUGUCUGCCACUGCCACAACCCAUUCUGGAGGGAUCCACACAGAAACAAUCCAAAUUAAGCCAGAGCAUGCAUCUGUAAUUCAGACCCCAGGAAAAGAGAAGGCCAAAGAGGGAGAAACUGUGAUCUUGGGAUGCCAAUUCCGCAGUGGCCAAGGUCCUUCUCUGAACAAGCUGACAGUGAAGUGGUACAAGGAAGAUGAAAAAGGGCAGAGGGACCUCAUAGAAAACAAUGUCACAGUCCUGGCAAACUACUCCAAAGUUUUUAUGGCAGGGAAUUUAUCUGAAGGCGAUGCAUCUCUAACUAUCCUAAACGUGACAGCGAGUGAUCAUGGCAUUUAUUUCUGCCAGGUGAAACUUCCCAGUGGAGAAAUAUUGACAGGGGAUGGCACAAAGCUCAGAAUCAGGAGAGCCCUUGGGCUGUUUGGUAUUGAAGAAUCCAUUGGAACAAUAAUUGGAGUAGCAGCAGCUGGCGUUGGUGGGCUGGUAGUUCUGAUCAUAGUUUUAACUCCUCAGCUGAGGAAGUGUCUUCUCUGUGUUAAAGCAACAUCCCAACAAGCUUAACAUGGGCAGCAUGAUUAGAGGGAAACAA